CCGGCUUUACGCUCAUGCGGCUCCGUGCGUUGUGCAACCUUGGAACUAAAACGUUUGAAAUUGGGAAUAGAGUGGGCAUAAAUUGUACCAGUGCCAGUCGAUACAGUGCCAAAGUCGGCCCAGUAGGUACACUUGAAGGAACAGAUGAUGAAACAGCUAAAGGUCAUCGUAGUCUGCUGAAGGAGUUCCCAGAACCAAAAGAUCUUCUUUACCGUACCUUGGCCCGUUCUGUAGGGGUGUCCGAUGCUUCUCAUCUCAUCCAAUACAACUGCACCGAUGGAGAGGUCAAGAGGGCCACUGUGACUGUGAUGUGGCCCGAAAAGAUCGAGUCUGUGGGCUUUGGCUCCAGGAAGGUCUUAGCAGAGCGUCAUGCUGCUGCAGCAGCUUGUCAGAAACUGAGGGAACUGGGUGUUUUGAAAGAAGAUGUCCUUCCCAGGAAGAAAAAAGGCAGAGGACGACCUUCUCCUGCAUCUAUGUGGCGGGAUGAGGAUGAGGAGUACACAGUCCCGCCGUUCAAAAGUGAAUUCCUCAGCAGACCACAGAGUAGGACCAAGAGGAUGCCAGAAGAUGAUCCAAGAGUUGAGGAAGCUUGGUCAACAUUCUCUCAGCCAAAAGCUCUCCUCAUGCAGGUCGUUCAGAAAGCUGUGUCACCUAACAAAGUCAGAGACACUGUUCGAUACCGCACAGGGGGCGGGAGGUUUAAAGUCUGUGAACUCACCCUGCACUGGCCCGAGAAGAUGACAUUUGAGGCUUUUGGGCGCAGUAAAUUGGAAGCGGAGAGGAAAGCUUCUGCUCUGGCUUGUCUCAGACUAAAGGAGCUGGAGUUGCUCGAUGAGAACAAUAUGCCUCUCACUCAUGCCCAGUACCAUAGGGAUCAGGUGCGAGAGGCAGGGGAGAGGAUGCGGCGGCCCUGUAGCCUUGUCAUCCCUGAGGAGCAGGUGGACAAGAUUAGACAAUACCUCACUAAGUACCCCAUUGAGGCCGAGAUGCAGAAACUCUGGGAUGAGGAAGAUCAGCACGCCGCAAGCCGGCAGGCCUACGAGGAAGAUGAAGAGGCGGGAGAGGAGGAGGCGGAAGAGCAAGCGGUCACAGACGCCAUCACAGGUCGGGCGUAUCGCCCCCUUGCACCUGACCAGGAGAAACGUCUGAGUGCCAAGCUGUUGGAGCAAUGGGAGAGCGCUAAUCCCCGCAUGGGAGUGAGCUUGCCCGUGGAUGCUCACCGCGAGCGGGUGGUGUCGACAGUGGAUGGGGCGCGCGUGAUCGUGCUGGCAGGGGAGACGGGGUGCGGGAAGACCACGCGCGUGCCGCGCUUCCUGCUGGAGGGCCGCGUCAUGGCUGGCGAGGGCGCAACGUGCAACAUCCUGGUCACGCAGCCACGGCGAAUCAGUGCCGUGUCCGUGGCCCAACGGGUCGCCCAGGAGAUGGGCCCAGCCCUCAAACCCAGUGUGGGCUACCAGGUGCGUCUGGAGUCGCGUCCGCCGGAGCAGAGUGGCGGGGCGCUGCUCUUCCUGACGGUGGGCGUGCUGCUGCGCAAGCUCCAGAGCAACCCCACGCUGCGCGGCGUCAGCCACGUGGUGGUGGACGAGGUGCACGAGCGCGACGUCAACACCGACCUGCUGCUGGCGCUGCUGCGCGCGCUGCUGCCCCACAACCCGCAGCUGCGCCUGGUGCUCAUGAGCGCCACCGGCGACACGCAGCGGCUGGCGCAGUACUUCGGCGGCUGCCCCGUGGUGCGCGUGCCCGGCUUCAUGCACCCGGUGCAGGAGCGCUACCUGGAGGACGUGCUGGGGGAGAUCGGCCGCCGGCCCCAUCAGCAAGCUGCCCAAAAGCGCAGGGCACGAAAAGGGGAUGACGACGAUGAUGCUACCCCAGAUGUCGAUCUGGUUGCUGAUGUCAUCAAGCACAUUCACAAAACAGGGGAUCCAGGUGCCAUCCUGUGUUUCCUGCCUGGCUGGCAGGACAUUAAAACGGUGCAGCAGAUACUGGAGGAGAGUCCGGCGUUCCGCUCGCAGCUGGUCUUGCCAUUGCACUCCAGCAUGUCUGUGGCAGACCAGCAGGCUGUGUUUCAGCGCCCCCCAGAGGGCCAGCGCAAGAUUGUCCUGGCCACCAACAUUGCAGAGACGUCCAUUACCAUCGAUGAUAUUGUCCACGUGGUGGAUGCCGGCUCUCAGAAGGAGCAGAGCUAUGACCCCAGGACAAAGGUCUCCUGUCUGGACACAGUCUGGGUGUCGCGGUCUAAUGUCACUCAGCGUAAAGGCAGGGCGGGCAGGUGCCAACCCGGGAAUUCCUACCACCUGUUCCCCCGUGAACGCCUCGACUCCAUGACCGCGUUCCCCAUCCCAGAGAUCCUGCGCACCCCUCUGGAGAGUCUGAUUCUACAGGCCAAGGUUCACAGCCCACAGAGCAAGGCAGUAGAGUUCUUGUCACAGGUGCUGGAUUCUCCAGAUCGGGCAGCCAUUGAGGAUGCUGUGAGGAUUUUGCAGGACAUUGGCGUGCUGGACAAAUCGGAGAGUCUGACCCCUCUGGGUGAGCGGGUGGCCUGCAUGUCGUGUGACCCACGCCUUGGGAAGGUUCUGGUGCUGUCCGCUCUCUUCCGCUGCACCUCCCCCCUCAUCUCGGUGGCUGCGUGCCUGACCAGAGACCCCUUCUUCAACAGCAUGGAGAACAGAGCCCUCAUCAACAAGGCCAAAGAGGAACUGGCAGGCUCCAGCUGCAGUGACUUCCUGGUGUUCAGUCGUGCUGUGCAGGGUUGGAGGGAGCAGCAGGACCGGGAAGACCGGAAUGAGUACAUGAACGCGUACACUCUGUCAGGAGCCCGUCUGCGCUUCAUUCAGGGCCUGGCUCGUCAGUUCAGCGAGAACCUCUUUGAGGCUGAGCUGGUCUCCAACCCCAAUGACUGCCUCCGUAACUCCUCCACCUACAACCAGUUCAGCCAUGAGGAUGAGCUGCUCAAAGCUGUGCUGAUGGCUGGUCUCUAUCCAAACCUCAUACAGGUGAAGAGAGGCGUUGUGAACAAAGGUAGAUUUCGGCCUGAUGGCAUCUCUUUCCGCACUCAGACUGGGCCCGUGGUAUUGCACCGGUCCACCAUCAACAGAGGUAAAAUGCAGCUUCCCAGCCGUUGGUUGACAUUCUUCAGUGCGGUCCAACAAGAAGGUAUGGUGUUCAUCAGAGACUCCUCCUCAGUCCAUCCGCUAGCCCUGCUCCUGAUGACCGACUGCGACCUCACAGAGAAAGUCUCUGGCGACCAUGUAGUGGUAGCCCUGCCUGGAAAGUCUCUCGUGCGUUGGGAGUUAUCCACGGAGACGUGGAACCUGCUGUGGGAGUUGCGCACGUCCCUGCAGGCCAUGUUCCAUCGUAACAUGCGUCCUGACGCCGCGAACGACAGCCCUCAGGACACGGAGCUCAUCGGCCUUUUGGUGCACCUUCUGACCCACACAGACCAGGCGGGAGAGGAUGGACUCAGUGAUACAGAGUGAACGCGCCUCGGACCUGCUGCCCCCACCUCGGACCUGCUGCCCCCAGGUCAUCUCCACGCAUCUCAUCUCUAGUCUCUUGAGAUCUCUAGUCUCUUUACUCAACGGACAACGAAGGAAAGAACACACGGAUGUCGCACCGAGGAAACCAAGCUUAAUGGUGCACACACAGACUUGACUGACUGAUGAUUAUCGACCGUAUCAGUUGCUCUGGAUACAGCAUCACAAACAGGAUAUUUUGCUCUGAUCAGACUCUCAGACUUUACACCCAGAAUGAAUCACAACUCCUACAACAGAAAAUGUAUUUCAGUGCUUGGGGUCAUCUUUAAU